GUUUGAAGACGUGUGUGCGUCUGGCGUCCCGAGGCGACAUGGCUCCAUCCCUCCUCGCAGCGGCAGGCGGACUCCUGCUGCUUCUCUCCUUCUCGUCGGCACAAAUCAGAGGAGACAACCUCGCCACAUGCACCAAAAACGACGGCUUUGGAGAGUACUGUCCCACCACAUGCGGCGUGUCCGACUACAUGCUCAGAUACAUGCCGGCGGCGGAGAAGGACUUGGAGCGUUUGGAGGAGCAACUCGAGUCCAUCGCCAAUUUCACCAAGGAGACCGAAGAGACGGUCGUCUACAUGAAAGAUUCCGCGCUUUCGGCCCAGAAGGCUUCGCAGCCAGACCUGUACCUCAAAAAAUCCCAAAGCAUGAUGGAUGACAUCCGUCGAUUUGAACAGACCAUCAUUGCACAGGAGGAGCAAAUAAAUUUCACUUCAUCUUCUCUUUCCAGCGAUCUUCAGAAUUUGAUUACCUCCAACGAGAGGAGAAUGUCAGACUUGAAACAACUCUCGGUCCACAUGCAGCAGAAAUGCAGCGAGCCCUGCAAAGACUCGGUGGCGAUCCAGCCCCUGAAGGGGACAGACUGCCAGGAUGUUGCGAACAAAGGCGCCACCAUCAGUGGCCUCUAUUACGUGAAGCCAGCUAAAGCCCCCGAGCAGUUCCUGGUCUACUGUGAGAUCGACAGCUUCGGACGCGGCUUCACGGUCAUCCAGAGGAGACGCGACGGCAGCCUGGACUUCAAGAAGGACUGGAUCCAGUACAAGAACGGCUUCGGCUACCUCUCGCCGGACGACACCACCGAGUUCUGGCUCGGCAACGAGAAGAUCCACCUCCUGACGGCCACCACCACCAUGCCCACCGUGCUGAGGAUAGAGAUGGUCGACUGGGAGGGCCAGAAAAAACAUGCCGACUACACCACGUUCCGGGUGGGACCCGAGAUCGACAUGUACCGCCUGACGUACGGGUAUUACUUCGGCGGCGACGCCGGGGACGCCUUCGACGGCUUCGACUUCGGCGACGACCCCAGCGACAAGUUCUACACGUCGCACAACGGCAUGCAGUUCAGCACCUUCGACAAGGACAACGACAAGUACGGGGGCAACUGUGCCGAGCAGGACGGCUCCGGCUGGUGGAUGAACAGGUGCCACGCCGGGCAUUUGAACGGCAAAUACUACCAGGGUGGCCGGUACACGGAAAAGGACGCGGGAGAAUUCGGCUUCGACAACGGCAUCAUCUGGGUCACGUGGCACGACCGCUGGUACUCCAUGAAGGAGACGACCAUGAAGCUCAUUCCGCUCAGCCGCAUCGCGGCGGGCGGCGGGCAGCAGGCCGGGGUCAAACAGUUCGCCGGGCUCUAAAGAGAAGAGCAAAUGAGCUCUUGAUCCCUUUUAGGCUGCAGGAAAGGUUUUCCAACCUUCUAAAAAGGGAGAGAUCCUCGAGUUGUUUUUCCUGCUUACGUGUAUGUGUGUCUUUUUCUAAAUGUAACGGGACAAAAUGACUAUCAGCAACAAGGUAUAUAGAAAAGUAUCACGGAAAGAGAACAUGUAUGCAUGAUUUUUAGGGUGAACACUCGCUGACUUUGUACCCGUUUUACUGAUCUGACUUGGCGGGACACUGUUUGUCCUCGGUGUUGUUUUUAGAAGUAAAUCUUUUCUUAAAAUGUCCGUUACCUCGUGGCCUUGGUUUGGACUCGGUGGACACAGAGUGACCAGCAGCUGCUCUGUGUCAACAAUGUGGAGGUGAGACAAACGCAGCUCGUAAAGAGAAAAUAAUCGAGAACGCUUCAAGACAAAUAAUCUGAAGGGAAUCUGCCAAAACUUUUUCAUUGUGCUUUUUCGUUUUUUUUCAAGUGAUCAGAAAUGCAUAUAUGACCAAUACAUGUACUUGAAAUAAAUACCAUCUCAAAUAAAUAAUGGGUCUAAUUUAUUAGCUGUAUGACAAAUUCAACACCACUGUGGAGGAGUUUCAAUAACUAUUAAUAAAGUGUUGGGCUUUUGGAUUUUCA